AUGUCCUUUCCUACCGAUGACCCUUCUCAGCUCUCUUUCGAAACCGACCUAUCCUCGGACGCUGAUUCCGAGGGAAGUGGACGCCGAAACCCACGAACAAAUGCCGCCACCGGAGCUUCCGCCGCCGGCGUUCGAGCGCUUAGUGCGCAGGCCGUAGCAUUUUACUUUCGGGCACCCGUUAAAGCCUUCUUUCGCACCCGCGUGGAGUAUGUGCUUGCCAGGGCCAUCAACCCUCGACUUGCUCAAGGCGGCAGUUGGUCCUGGAAAACUACUACUCCAGGCUUAUUAGCUCACGCGGUCCGCACGUACGGCUGGACUUUUAUUCCAUAUCAGGUCCUGCCGCCUCUGAUCGCAAACGUUAGGUACUCGUAUCCCCAUAUCUAUGGUCCUUAUAGCCCAACGAGCAUAAUAGGUGCUAACGGACGACUUUAUCAUAGUGUUGGAGCAGUCCUGUAUACAUCCUACCUUCAGAUCCUCAACAACCUACACGGGCCCGCCUUGAUGGCUAAUAGACGCAUUUACCCACCGCCGUCCCCCGUCGACACAUUUCUAGCUGGUUUUGCGGCGGGCACAGUCCAGUCGGUCGUCGCUGCGCCGUUGGAUGCUAUCCAGGCGCGCUUCAGAUCGGACGAAAUGCUCAAUGGUCAGCACCGGAGUGCGUGGCACUAUUGGAAGAAUAAACUUAGCAAACUCGGAAUGCGGGGGAUAUUCUCCGGGUGGACGCUAUCUUUUCUGAAAGACAGUUGCGGCUCGGCUCUGUUCUUUUGUUUGUUUGAAACAAUCAAGUCCCAGGGAUAUUACUCCUUUGUGACACGUUACUAUGGCUCUCUCCAACCCCCUGCGGUGGAAAGGCUGUCAACACUUGCAAACUCUUCGAGCGAGAAUCCAGUCAUCAAGCCGCACUACGCGCUGGAACCGUGCUUUCUGAUGCUCGCCGGCGCAACAGCCUCGAUCGGGCAGCAGGUUGUGUUACACCCGCUUGGGCUAAUUCACAAUGUGUAUUACAGACGGUUGGAACACCUCGAUGACAAACUGAGCCAGAACCAGUCGAGACGCGCCUGGAUGAGAGAUCGCUUCGAUGCGUAUCGAGAGACCUUUGAGCGCUGUCAACGGAAAGCACAGCGGGUCGGAAGCUGGAGGGUUUGGCUGUAUCGUGGGUUCUUGUGGAAUACAAUUCGUCAGGUGCCCAGCACUAGCGCCGGCCUCGUGAUCUUCGAGCUGGUGCGUCGCAAGUAUGGGCUCCCCACGGAAGCCGUUCACAUCAAAAAGGAUGGAUAUGACAUUCUUCUGGCGUAG